AAACUCUCCCUGAAAAGUGUACGUCACGUCAUAAACGUCAGUUUCACAGAAAAGGAUCUGUCAGUUUCAUUUUGUCUUUUCCGGUUUACCUGUGGUGUGUGUGAGACGUCUGCCACAGGCUUCCAAAGAUGGGUGCCUACAGAUAUAUUCAGGAAUUAUAUCGAAAAAAGCUGAGCGAUGUUAUGCGAUUCCUCUUGCGUGUCAGGGUAUGGCAGUACCGCCAGUUGACCCGUAUGCACCGCGCUCCCAGGCCUACAAGGCCCGACAAGGCUAGGAGGCUAGGAUACCGUGCCAAGCAAGGUUAUGUGAUCUUCAGAAUCCGCGUACGCCGUGGAGGUCGCAAGCGCCCGGUCGCGAAGGGUGCCACCUACGGCAAGCCCAAGAGCCACGGUGUGAACCAGCUGAAGCCCACACGCAACCUACAGUCCAUUGCUGAGGAACGUGUUGGUCGCCGCUGCGGUGGUCUGCGCGUGCUCAACUCCUACUGGGUCGCCCAGGACUCUUCAUACAAAUACUUUGAGGUCAUCCUCAUUGAUCCUUCACACAAGGCUAUCCGCCGAGACCCCAAGAUCAACUGGAUCGUGAAUGCCGUUCACAAGCACCGCGAGAUGCGUGGUCUUACGUCAGCCGGUCGCAGUUCCCGCGGUCUUGGCAAGGGCCACCGCUUCUCGCAGACCAAAGGAGGCUCCCGCCGUGCCGCCUGGAUCCGACGCAACACGCUGCAACUCCACCGCAAGCGAUAAACACUACAUUCGUGACGUCAUUGACUUUCUAUUUGGUUUAUACCGUUAUUGUCAGAUGGAAAGCCAGUGGUUUUUAAUAAACUUUAACUCCAA